AUGUUUCCUUUACAACAACUACUCGCUUUACUACCUCUCUACUUUCGCUUGGUAACAAUUUUUAAAAUUUUACGUGUAAUUGAAUCUCGCACAUCUUUCCUUUUUUUUAUCGCACUUUUCUUCAACUGUCUCACGUCUAUACAGGAAUUACCGUUGCGUUGCGGUUGGUGUGUGCGUGGGUGGCGGACUACUCGCCGCCCUCCAUUAGUCGCUGCGAGAAGAAAAGUUGUUAUUUUAGUUCUAAAGAAACUUUUGAAAAGGGGUGAGGGCGAAAGAGUAGAGAAAGUGCGGAUGAGCGGGGAUGUGAUGUGUGGGUUUAGACUGCAAAUGGGCGGAAGGAAGUUUAAUUCAAGUGCAUUUUAUAUUAUGGUGUUGGGUACGUUGUGUGUGUACCUCCCCUCGGAUGGGUCGUUAACUUGGAAAGCGCUCUAA